ACAUAUAUGUUUAAGGAAGAGAAGUCAUUACAGCAUCGCGGCUAGGAAAAGCUACAACUUAAGUGACAUCCAAGAACAGCAGAAUUUGUUUCUAGCUCUUGGGAUCCGAGGAAGCUACUGGGAAGAAGUCAUUUUUACCAGGUUUCAGCUGUACGGAUGGAGCCCUAUCCCUUCACAAAGGAGUAAAGAAAAAUAUUCAAAUCUCUGAAGUAUUCUUAGCAGGGAACUUCCCCCCACCACAACACAGCCAUGCCCUUUUGGGAGUGGGUUGCACGACGGGUCAAGAAGCAACCGCGGUCUCUGUGCAGAAGGAGAAUGUUCCAAAAGUCAAGUAGUCUCCGCCAGCAGGAUUACCAGACUUUACUUGAGGAGUGUUUGAAGAACAAAUGUCUCUUUGAGGAUGAGAACUUCCCAGCUGAUAUGAGAUCCAUUGGAACAGGGUCGCUCCUUCAGAAACUCCCUCAGAAACUCCAGUGGAAGAGGCCACAUGAGCUGCAUGAGACUCCAGUGUUUUAUGAUGCAAACACCAAACGCCUUGCUCUGUGUCAAGGACUGAUAGGAGACUGCUGGUUUUUGGCUGCCUUGGAAGCUUUGACUUUUCAUCAAGAUAUCUUGUCUCAGGUAGUGCCACAGAACCAAAACUUUGAGAGGAAGAGGUAUGCUGGCAUAUUCCAUUUCAAGUUCUGGCAUUUUGGCAAAUGGGUUGAUGUGGUAGUAGAUGAUCGACUGCCAGUAAAUGAAGCAGGCCAACUUGUUUUCCUCUCAUCUGUUUACAAGAACCUGUUCUGGGGAGCUCUUUUGGAAAAGGCUUAUGCCAAGCUGUGUGGUUCCUAUGAAGAUUUACAGAUUGGGCAAGUAUCAGAAGCUCUAGUGGACUUUACAGGUGGGGUUAACAUCACAAUAAAACUGGCUGAAGCCCCACCUGACCUCUGGGAUAUAUUGACAAGAGCAACUUACAGCAGAUCUCUGAUAGGCUGCCAGACCCAUUUAGGGAAAACCAGAGUCCUUGAGAAUGGGUUGGUAGCGGGCCAUGCCUAUACAAUGACUGGCAUACGAAAAGUGACUUGCAAACAUGGACCUGAAUAUUUAGUAAGACUGAAAAAUCCUUGGGGGAAGGUUGAAUGGAAAGGAGACUGGAGUGACGGGUCUUGGAAAUGGGAACUCCUCAGCCCCAAGGAGAAGAUUUUGCUGCGCAGAAAUGACGAUGAUGGGGAGUUCUGGAUGUCUCUGCAAGAUUUUAAAACCCAUUUUGACAAUCUAAUUAUCUGUAAAUUAACUCCCGACCUAAUGAGCCAGGAAGACGGGAAGAAGUGGAUGUCCUCCUUGCAGUUUGGCAGAUGGGUCAAAGGAGUUACAGCAGGGGGCAGGUUGAGGACCCAAAAAGAUACAUUUUGGAUGAAUCCCCAAUACCAGCUGAACGUUCUGCAAGGAAACGGGAGCAAGAGAUCCUUGUACUCUUGCAGUGUGUUGGUGUCUCUGAUCCAAAAACACAACAGCAAACACCGAAAUCAGAUGCCUCAUCUUCACAUAGGCUUUUAUGUCUUUAAGGGUCACACAGCCGCAUCUGUCAGCCAUUCCCCAGUUGUACUCACCUCGUUGUACGAGUUGGAAAGGGAUGAAAUGGGUGGAAAUUCCAGUCUUGUCCUUUCAAAGGAAAUAGUUGACAAAUACGACGGCAAAAUUUGGGAGGAUUUCUUCAUGAAGUACUUUGAACAACAUCCUGAAAUAAAUGCAAUCCAGCUUCACUGGCUCCUGAACACGGCCUGGACAAAUCUUCAAAACAACAGGCUGUGGUUCAGUCUGGAUGCCUGCCGAAGUAUCCUGGCUGUUCUAGAUUUUAAUGCUACUGGCACACUGAGCAUUCAAGAAUUCAGAAGUCUGUGGAAGAGUCUGCUUCAUUACCAGAAAGUUUUCCAGAAAAAAGACACCCACCAAACUGGAACCUUGGGCCUAGAAGAGUUACACGCAGCCACGAAAGAAAUGGGAACCUCCCUGAGUGAUGAAGUGUGUAAUUUGAUGGUGCUCCGAUAUGGGGAUCGUGACCUGAAAAUCAGCUUUCAGAGCUUCGUGUGCUUCAUGCUGCGUGUGGAAUUCCUUAAGAAGGCCUUCUUCAACUUAACUAAAGAUGGCAAAGGGAUCUAUCUUCAAGAGUAUGAGUGGAUGAUGAUGACUCUCUAUUCAUGAAGCAGAACAAAAGAGAAGAGUUCUUUACUUGAACUGCUGGAUCUGAGUUAUAGAUCUACUAAUGGAAAAAACCAGACUGACGUUGUUAUUAAGUCAUUCAUUAUUUCAAGGUCUUUUGCUGAAAACCAGCUGUUAGACCAGGAGGAACACAGUUAUGGCUUCACUAAAAUACAGUAAAUAAGCAAACAAACACUAUUGUCUUAUAAUCGCUAGUGAAAUGGUCUGCAAAUGAUAAAAAAAAUGAUAAAAAUUGUGGUUAUUUAAAGCAUAACAAUACCAACUAAAAAUGUCCUAGUCAUAGGAUAAUCAGGAGUUACUCCUUAUGUGGGUAUGUUUCAUAAAGGGGCACAUUGCAUGUUACAUUUUUGGGUGUGCAUUGUUGUUAUAAGUGUACAUCUAAAAAAUGCAACAAGCACAUUUUCCGUCAUAUCUAUGAUAUACAGAAACUAGUCAGUGGAUACUAAUUUGCUGGGACUCCCUGUGGAGAACACACUUGAUAGCAAAUGUGAUGUGUAACAUGUGAACCAUCCCAAAUUCUGGUAAUGAGGAAGUUCUCCAGGCAUGCCACUGUGACAUGCUAAAUGUUUGUCUUGUCAGUUAUUGAGCCACCGUCAUGAUGGAAAGGCCUCACACCUCCACCAUAUUACUAGAUUUUUUGGAAAUCCUGUUGCCAGAUGCUCACCAUCAAGUGGCAUCCUUGCCAUCUGAUUUGUGGAUGAUCUGCUUUACCUCACUGUUCCUGUCAAAGGCCAGUUUGGUGGUGUGCCUCUGUCCUCAUGUCAACACACAUGAAUUAGGUAGAAACAAUCAAGGGACAAGAUCAUUCACUCAGUUUAUUUUUGCAAAGCUAUCCAGUUAGUAGCCCAUUUGACCAGGACUAUUCUAGAGUUUGCAAUGGCUUUUUGCAGCUUUCCAUCCAUUGUAAUCCUGAAGGCAGACAGGGAAUGUCCUCUUCAUAGUAUUAUCCUUGCUCUAUGGCAAACUACAGAGGCAAGGGAGGCAACAUUGGGAAAUGUUCUACAUUUCUGUAAUUCCAUUUUUCUUGAAGGCUGGCCCUCUAGCCCUUAACCUAAAUAUAUUUUGGACGCCUUGAAAGAGGUGCUUUGAACAGGAUUGAAACCCUUUGUCCUAUUAAAGGCUAGAACUCUGGUCAGAACUUCAGCUUGUAUAUAGCUUUACUCUUUGCUCCAUCUCCAUGUGGGAAAUGGCGUCUGCCUGUGAUGCAGCUUUUAAGGGCAUAAGACCCCUGCAAGGAGAAAGAAAGGGCAACCCUAACAUGUUAGGCAGUACUGUGCUAUUCUUUAUUUGUUUUGACUGGGAUCGGUAGCUGAAGUUAAAUAGCUGGACUAUUUACAUACAGUAUUUUAUUUAUUGCUUUUUAAAAUUAAUUUUAUACAAUAUUCCUAUUUUUUAUUAACUGCUAUCCUCCUCCCCCUUAAGUUAAGGAUAAGGCAGAUCGGCAGUAAAAGCAGCUGUGUAAGACUGUAAUGAAGACAUGGUGAGGAAACUUUGUUACUUCCCAACACGUAAACCUCUGUAACUCUGUUACAUUGGUGAGAAAAUAAUUAGUGAGUUAUUAGUGAGAAAAUAUAAUUAGUGAGAAAAUAAUUAGAAAAUGUAGUGAGAGAAUAAUUAGUUCAGUGUAGUGGCCUGCAUGUGUUACAUUAACUGCAGGAUCGAGACCUACACUUCAAUGGCCAUAAGAAUCCCCAUCGGCCCAUGCAGUUGUGCAUGACAGUGAUAGACAGAAAUCCUUCACAGCUAAAGAAGCCUGGGAAACAGCAGAAAUGAAAAGGAUGAAUCCCAGUGGAAUUUUAUUCUGCAAGAGUGACCCCCCCCCCCCCCGAUACAAUUUUGAGUAUCUUGAACAGGUUAUAGUUGCAAUUAUGAAGAAAACUCCAUUUGAAAAUGGCUGUAGCCAAGGUAAUAUGGUGUUCAGUGCUUGGCCUGGAUUGUUUUCUGUAACCGAUUUUAUACCUAUUUGCCCACUACCUCCUUUAUGGAAGGCACUGGAAUUUCAGCAGUAUUAUGUAGCUAUUGACUACUCACUCAUGCCACAGAAUCUCUCUCUACUGUGUAUCUCAUUUUUGAUAACACUAAACAGCUCUGAGCAUUUGCGAGUUGCUUUUCUGAAAUUGUAAAAAGGUGUUUUGCUGGAAUCAUUACACCUAAAC